GCGGGCUUCUUCAUCCGGCGUGAAGUGUCUUUUUUCUCUUGUCAUCAAGGAAGGAAGGAGGAAGUGCCGAGAGACGGGACAGUUUGAGCUGCCAUGUAGUGGAGUCUGAGUCUGUACCUCCCUGGAAUGUGCAAUAUGAAGAAUGGAAGCAGACGACGUGACUAUCAGAGAGCAGAAUUUCCACAGCCAAGUGAGGGAGUAUAUCAUUUGCUUCCUCCUGUUUGCCGUACUCUACAUUGUCUCCUACUUCAUUAUCACCAGAUACAAGAGGAAGACGGAUGACCAAGAGGAUGAAGAUGCUGUUGUCAACAGAAUCUCUUUGUACUUGUGCACCUUCACCCUCGCCGUCUCCGGUGGCGCUGUCUUCCUGCUGCCCUUCUCAAUCAUUAGCAGUGAGAUCCUCCUGUCUUUUCCAAAAAACUACUACAUCCAGUGGCUCAAUGGCUCCCUCAUCCACGGUCUGUGGAAUCUGGUGUCCCUCUUCUCCAACCUUUGCCUCUUUGUCCUGAUGCCCUUUGCCUAUUUCUUCUUGGAGUCGGAGGGAUUUGCAGGAUCUAAAAAGGGCAUUAAGGCGCGCGUUCUAGAGACCUUUGUGAUGCUCUUCUUGCUGGCUCUGCUCAUCCUGGGGAUCGUGUGGGUGGCGUCAGCUCUCAUUGACAAUGAUGCCGCCAGCAUGGAGUCGCUCUACGAUCUCUGGGAGUUCUACUUACCGUACUUGUACUCCUGUAUAUCUCUGAUGGGAGGACUGCUGUUACUCAUGUGCACUCCUGUGGGAUUGUCAAGGAUGUUCACAGUCAUGGGCCAGUUACUUGUCAAACCAACAAUCCUGGAGGACCUGGAUGAGCAGAUUUACUGCAUCCAUUUGCAAGAGGAAGCCCUUCAGAGGAGAUUAAACGGAUCAUCCACAUGCACAUAUGCCAGAGGAGGCUUUGCCCAUCAGCUCAGUAAAGAACUGGAUAGUAUCCGAAAUGUGAGAAAUAAACUUGAAAGGAGAAAGCGAGCUUCAGGUUGGGAGAAGAACUUGUUGUAUCCCAUGGUGAUGCUGAUCCUGCUGGCAGGAACGACAAUCUCAGUUCUUUUGGUGGCUCUCAACAUCCUCUACCUUCUCGUAGAUGAGACUGCCAUGCCCAAAGGAUCCACGGAACACGGCAUCGGGAGCAUGUCCCUGUCCACCUUUGGCGUGACCCAAGCCGUGUUGGAGAUCAUCCUCAUGUUUUAUUUGAUGGCUUCCUCUGUGCUGGGAUUCUACAGCCUUCGCCUUUUUGAGGGGCUCACUCCCAGGAAGGAUGAUACAACCAUGACAACGAUCAUUGGAUGCUGUGUGUCCAUCUUAGUGCUGAGUUCAGCCCUGCCAGUCAUGUCCAGAACUUUAGGCAUUACCAGGUUUGAUCUGUUGGGAGAUUUUGGGAGAUUCAACUGGCUGGGAAACUUUUACAUCGUCGUCUCGUACAACCUUCUCUUUGCCGUCGUGACCACGCUCUGUCUUGUCAGGAAGUUCACCUCGGCCGUACGAGAAGAGCUCCUCAAGGCCCUAGGUCUGGAUAAAUUGCAACUGUCAUACAGCCCUACCGACCCUGAAUCUGGGAAGCUCUCAGCCAACGGGCAUCAGAAAACUUUGUGAAAGUAUGGGGUCAACAUGCACACAGCCAAGGGAAGGAGAGAUUUCACAGUACAGCUGCUGAAAGGUGAAAGGGACUGAAGGGGAACUUAAUAAAGCCGUGCAGUGUCUGGCAGAUGCUGCAAAUAGAGGCUGAGAGCCAUUUUGCUGCGUGACAUUCCAUUCCCUGGGCCUCGGAUGGGAGCUGGGAUGGAGCCAAGAGGAGACGGAGGAGUGUGAUGGCUGCACUUACUCCCUCAGCUGUGCUUCUACCAACCACCUGUGCUACACACUGCUCCUCUUUUCAGUCGCGUUUUCACCAAGCACACUUCAGGUUCAUCAUUUAACCCACAAAGUUGUACUCAAGUGUUUUGGUUCAGAUAAGGGUUGGGUAUUUAGGGAAUGGUUGGGUAUUUAGGGAAUCUUUCAAAUGGAACUAAGCUGAGCAACACCACUUAGUGAAAAGAAGGCAUUUUUGGACCAUUGAGUGCAGUUUUUGGUUUUAUCUGAUUGUUUCAGAACGUGUGUCAACCUUUCCACUGGACCGGCUCAGGUCGACUCCAUUGCCUUGAAGUCCGCUUUUCACUUCAAAAUAGUCUUUGGUAAAAUGUAGAAAACCAAGCAGCAUUGAACAAAGCCAAGCUACAAAAGUUAUUGGACAGUUCAGCACUAAUGCUAACUCUCACUCCUAUUGACUAUGUACUGGAAACAAUACCUUUGUUUUAGGAAGUGUCCUGCAGCAAGUAGGGCGGUGCAGUUGGAAAUGUCAAUGAGGCUGAUGUCAUUAGUUACAACUUUUAGGUGCUCCACAUUUGACCGACUCCAUUAGACAGGAGUUUGUGUGCACAUUUUGCUUCCACCCCUUGUUUAAAAAAGGGUUAGUGUAAAUAUUAUGUACUCAUGUACAUAUGUUUGAUAGCCUCUUUGUAUUCUUUGAAAGCCAAGUUUUCCAUCAGCGCACACAAGCAAUGUGUACAUAUUAGUUGUUGUGAACAACUCAGUCCAAGGCAAACAAUCUCAGAAGGUCUGCUUAAACUGGCAUCAAUUGAUCAUCUUCUCCACUGUGAUGUUGUUGGCGUGCAGAAGUACCUUAAAUGCCUUAAAGGACGCGCUCAAUGUUUAAGUUGUUUCCUUUUGGUGUGGUUUUGGUCCCCAGGUAGUUCCACUGUGAUGCUAGAUGCACACAUGGCUGUUGUCAUAGAAACAUGCAGCAUACACCUGUUCAUGUUGUGUGUUCUCAUAUGGAAAGGUAAAAAGGCAAAAACAAGAAGGCUCAUUGUUUGCUUUGUACGAGUUACUUUUCCUUUCUCGAUUGGGGCAAUGAAUAUGCAGAAUAUGUUUUCUUAAAUCAACCUCAAUAGAUGUCAGUUACCAUUGUGGAAACCAGAACAGGACCAAAGAUCUGAUUUUAUUGAUGGAUAGAUAGUUCGAUAUUAAAAGAGAAGCUUUUUGUUCCACUGUUUUAGAUUUAGUCCAUCUGAUUGUGUCCCAUAACAACAAACUACUAUUAUGUCAUUUCUAGGGAUUCUUCUUACAAAGUGGACUGCGCGGCACCUGUCAGGGAAGUUGGUGUUGGCCGUGUUCUUUCGAUCCGGUCAUUGUACCUCAAAUGUAUUAUCACAGUCAUAAGCUGUGAAGCAGCUCAGUCUCUGCAUGUAAACUAUUUGGGUACAUGUUUUGUGAAUGUAUUUUUUUUAAACAGUUUCUCAGUUUGUGUCUUUUUUAUGUUUGUGUGUUUGCAAAUAAAAGUUACAACAUAA